GGGUUGAUCCCCUUUCUGCCGUUUUCUUUGUUACGACUGGUCGGACACAAUUUUUUCUCCCCUUCUAAUAAACAGCGACCAGAAACAAAAAGAGGGAUCGUGUUUAGCGGAACUACCAACAAGACAAUACGAACUAAUCUUGCGGCAACAACCAAAACAAUCAAGGAUGUGUGGUAUAGGCGAGAAAGAUUUAUUUGGACUUCAAUGCCUCUCUUGCUUGUAUACUCCCUUUCUUGUUGCGAUGGUCUGUCUGACAGGCGUCCCAUAGAUCCUCCUCCAAUAAUUCAAUUGAAGGUUUAUGAUGCGACACUGCCUCAAUCCGAAAAAAGUUCAUUCCUUCAGAAUCCUUAUUUCUUCAUGUACGCGUCCCUGGUGGCUCCGGAUACAGACGAAGAAUUACAUUUACUUCGUGAUGGCAAAACUCGUUCCACCACGGGUUCUGUCGUUUCCUCCUUAUAUCACCUCAAAGAUAUUGAUAAUUCGGAUGCCGGAUUUUUCGUGUUUCCCGAUUUAUCUGUGCGUAUGGAAGGAACUUAUCGAUUGAAGCUUAGUCUGUUUGAGAUCAUUGGGCGUGAAGUGUACCACUGUAAGUCGAUAUUUUCCGAUAUAUUUGUUGUGUACUCGGCAAAGAGAUUUCCGGGGAUGGAAGAGUCAACAUUUUUGUCACGUUCUUUUGCCGAUCAAGGUUUAAAGAUCAGAAUAAGGAAAGAAAUUAGGAUACGAAGACGGCUGGCCAAAAGAAAAGAGCUAGAACCAAUCGACAUUUCCGAUCCAAAUAGAAUGAAACGCCCCCGUGGUGACGGAAAGAAUGAUGAUAACGAGAGUCGCGAUUCUUCAGAUACGGAGAUGCACGACCAUAAUUCACCCCUGGACGAUCUACGUUCAAAGAGAACGCCAGAUUCAUCGGACAAACGAAAGAAUCAUUCCAGCAGAAGCCCAUUAUCCCCUCGACCCCGAAUGCCAUACGAUCAUCACAUUCCUCACAUGGGUCAUUAUGAUCCUAACGUUUCGAUGUAUGCCCCUGGAUAUCCUCCGCAUAGACCGAUUUCAUGGCAUGAUCGUCCGGAAUACAUGGGUGAACCACACUAUCCUCCUUACUACGACAUUUACGACAGGAGGUACAGCUAUCAUCCAUACUACUAUCCACCACCAAUACCCGAUGGUUCGGAACAUCAUCGUUAUCCGUAUCCACCUCCAUCAGCUUAUGGUCGGCCCCCAAUGUAUCCCGGACAACCGGCACCCGGCUAUUAUGAUUCGCCCCCAAGGAUUCCGCAUCCCGGCAGUGAUACUCAAGGUGCCGUAAGACCAUAUGGAUAUGAUCUAUCUA